AAAAUGUCUCUGAAAAGUUUUGACAAUUUUGAGGCAAGUCUAGAUAAGGUUAGUUAAGUAAGGCGGGUGUUCUUUAUUUCAUCCUUUCUCUAAUUUCGCCCCCCCAUCUCCAGCCAUGCCCGAAGCUUCUACCAUUCUCCAGCCCACACUUUUCUCUCCUUUCUCCCAUGGAACCCAUUCUGUUCUCACAUUUCGCGCAUUCUUCAGAAGAAGCCCUACCGCGCGUUGCUCGAAGCUCCAGGCCCUCCCUUGGGGCUGUGAUACCUAUUCGCUCGAGAACGCCUCUGCUUUCCAGAAAUGGCUGUUGGAUUCUGGUCUUCCUCCCCAGAAAAUGGCCAUACGGAGAGUGGAUGUUGGCGAGAGAGGCCUCGUUGCUCUCAAAGGCAUCAGGAAGGGAGAGAAGCUGCUCUUCGUGCCUCCCUCCCUCGUCAUUACCCCCGAUUCGGAGUGGAGUGUCCCCGAAGCUGGCAGAGUGUUAAAAAGUUAUGGUGUGCCAGAUUGGCCGUUGAUAGCAACAUAUUUGAUCAGUGAGGCAAGCCUGAUGAAGUCUUCAAGAUGGAAUAACUAUAUCUCUGCCUUGCCUAGACAGCCCUACUCGCUUUUAUACUGGACCCGUUCAGAGCUUGACAGAUAUCUUGAAGCAUCACAAAUAAGGGAGAGAGCAAUUGAAAGAGUGAAUGGUGUCGUUGGAACGUACAAUGACUUGAGGCUCAGAAUAUUUUCUAAACAUCCAGAGUUAUUUCCUGAAGAGCUAUUCAAUAUGGAUACCUUUAAAUGGUCGUUCGGCAUCCUCUUUUCACGUUUGGUCCGUUUGCCCUCAAUGAAUGGAAGGGUUGCAUUGGUUCCUUGGGCAGACAUGUUGAACCAUAGUUGUGAGGUGGAAACUUUUCUGGAUUAUGAUGAAUCAUCACAAGGCAUUGUGUUCAAAACUGAUAGGGCAUAUCAGCCAGAUGAACAGGUUUUUAUAUCAUAUGGAAAGAAGUCUAAUGGAGAGCUGUUGCUUUCGUAUGGAUUUGUCCCUAGAGAAGGCACCAAUCCCAAUGAUUCAGUUGAAUUGUCAGUGUCGAUUAACAAGUCUGACAAAUGUUACAAGGAGAAAUUAGAAAUUUUGCAAAAGCACGGGUUAUCCACAUCAGAAAGAUAUCCUGUACAAAUUACUGGGUGGCCAAAGGAGUUGAUGGCUUAUGCUUAUCUAGCAGUCAGCCCCCCGAAGAUGAAUAGAAAAUUCGAAGAGAUGGCUGCUGCUGCAUCAAAUAGGACUCCAUCAUCCAAGAAGGGUAUGAUCCGGUAUUCUGAAAUAGAGGAGGAUGCAUUACAGUAUAUUCUAGAUUGCUGUGAGUCUGCCAUAUCAAAGUACUCCAAAUUCCUUCAGGCGAAUGGCGAAAUGGAUCUGGAUGUAACCAAUCCACAGCAACUUAAUAGAAGGGUAUUUCUCAAACAGCUUGCAAUGGAUUUGUGCACAAGUGAAAGGAGGAUACUAUACCGGGCACAAUAUAUAUUGAGGAGAAAGUUGAGGGACAUAAGGAGUGGUGAACUAAGGGCCUUUCAGAUUUUUAAUGGUCUGAAGAACCUUUUCAAAUAAGAGUGCCCCAUUUCCCUUUUAACUUCACAGCAAUUAUUAGUAUGUCAAUACUCUCAUGUUAGUGUUGGUAAUUUGGUAUAUGGAUGGAUCUUUAUGGUACCAUCUCUGUCUCAGUGUAUUCUCCUUUGUCAUCAUUGCCCAAUAAAGAGGUGUCGUCCUA